UUAAAAUUUAAUUUAAAUUUAAAUAAACCCAGUUCAAGAGCAAGGGCUACUAAUCUGUCGCAGAUCAUAUAUUCAUCGCCGACGGAUUGUUCGAAAAUGGCUUCAGUCCUAAGCUGUUUCAGCGGUCCUGAAGAGUUAGAGGAUGUAAAUCACGCGCAGAGUUUACUGAAAGAACUGAAGUUCUUUUACGACUCCAGACUGCUUGUGGACGUGACAAUCGAAGUAGAUCCGGACUUUUCGUCUCACCACCAGGAUGCAGUGCCGGGUAAAAGCUGCAAGUUUGGUUCGGGCGCAAGUGGAAAACUCUUUCCGUGCAACCGCAACAUCCUGGCCGCGGCCAGUCCCUACUUCAAAAGCAUGUUCACUGGAGGACUAUACGAAAGCAAGCAACAGAAAGUGAGGAUACACGACGUGGACGCAGAUUCCAUGUCACUGAUCAUUGACUACUGCUACACUGGCAAGGUGCAAAUCACGGAGGGCAACGUGCAAAGGCUUUACGCUGCAGCUAACAUGCUGCAGCUGGAAUACGUCAGGCAAGCGUGCUCUAACUUCAUGACCAGAAGACUGGACGUCUCAAACUGUGCGGCAAUAUUGAAGUUUGCAGACACAUUUGACAAUCAAGUUUUAAAAAGUGAGGCUCAGGGGUUUAUCGCCAGGAACUUUUUGCAGUUGUGCAAGAAAGGGAGGGAGCUAUGCGAAUUAGACUUGUCCCAAAUCAAAGAAAUCCUGUCAUUGGACACCUUGGAUGUUGACUGUGAGAGUAAAGUGUGCUCCGCAGCGGUCCAGUGGAUCGAGGCCAACAAGCCUGAGAAGGCGGAGGAGGCCACAGAGGUACUGAGGUGUGUGCGCUGGCACCUCUUCACAGAGAAAGACAAAGUUUACCUUGAUGCGCUGAAGUCAAAGCCAUUAAUCAAGGGCCACCUGCAGGAGUUUCUGGAGGCGCUUGGCGGUGGCAGAGCUAGCAGCGCAGCGCCUGCUAGCGCAGAGGUGCCAGCGUACAGAAUUGGCAGGAGUGCCAAAGAGAUGAUCCUUUUCUUCGGAAGACCCAAUGAGCCUUUCAUGUGCUACGACCCGUUCACAGAAGAUGUCCGAUCCAUGGCGUCCCCGUUGAUCAACCUGAGUAACGUGGGUUUUAAAAGGUCCAUUAUGGAGACCUUUUCUGUGUGCAUAUCGUCGGAAAAUGACCUUUAUUUGGCCUCGCACCUUUCAAAGCAUUUCUGGGUGUACAGUCCCUUGCUGAACACUUGGCAAGAGCUGGCAGAGAGGUUAGUGGGAAGAGUACACUCAGACAUUGGCUACCUCAACGGGCACCUCUACAUUCUGGGAGGGCGUGACCCUGUCACAGACACCAGAUUGAAGGAGGUGGAGUGUUACAGUAUUCAGAGGAACCAGUGGACGCUCGUGGCUCCCCUGCCACACUCUCUGGGCAAGAUGCAGAUCGCGACCGUGAAUGACCGCCUCUACGUGGUCAACAAGCGGAGAAUGCUUUGUUACGAGCCACACAAGAACCGCUGGCUCCACAGUGCCUCCCUGAAGCACGGCAAGCUCCACAAGGCAUGCGUCUUCCAGGACCAAAUCUUCUGCCUCUGCGAUAUCCCGGUGGUGAAAGUGUACAGCCCGGCGCGGGGGGAGUGGAGGAGGAUCGGGGACAUUCCCGUCGACAGCAACGCGCUCAACUACCAAGUGGUGCGGCACAGCAACAAGCUGCUGCUUCUGACCGUGUCCUUAGCUCACCGGAACAAAAACAGGGUCAUUGUCCACGAGUACGACCCCACCCGGGAUUGCUGGAAGAAUGUGGCGACCAUGCUGGGGUCCUCCUUCGGUUACAUCAGCCUCUCCGCCCGUAUGUACCCCUCGCGGCUGGGCUCAGGACAGAACUUCUUUGCGGAGGAGGAUGACGACAGCGGGUCCAGCGCUGACUGGGACUUUGACGGGUUGACUGAUGCGGACUCAGAUUCUGGGAGCUCCAGCUCGUUCUCAGAUGAAAACUGGUAG